GUACGUAAAACUGUACCGGCUAAUAAUAUACACGACAUACGUAGGCAAUAUUGAGAAUCGAAGACAGAUGUCGAUCUUGUAAUGACCAAAACAUGUAAAAUAUCUUCUUUAUCACGAUGCCUGAUGAAUCAAUAAAAGACAACGGUCGAGAGAAAAAUCCCAGGUACACAUUUGGCUAGUGUGAGUCCGUUCCUCUGCAUCUUUAUCUCAGCAACUACAACUACCAAUCCCUGACAAAGAGAGGAGUGUUCCUAAGCAGACCAGUUGGGGCUUUACCCCUCACCUUCCCUUCCCCGGCCCCCAUCUUGAUCCAGUCCGCCCUUCUUAACACCACCACUAUCUGCAUCACCACCACCAUGUCUGGGUCCAAGCUAUCCACCCCUAACAACAGCGGAGGAGGACAGGGGAACCUGUCUCAGGAGCAGAUCAUCACAGGCACACGGGAGGUGAUCAAGGGUCUGGAACAGCUCAAGAAUGAACACAAUGACAUCCUCAACAGCCUCUACCAGAGCCUCAAGAUGCUCAAGAAGGACACACCAGGUGACUCUAACCUGGUGGAGGAGAAGACUGAUAUCAUCGAGAAGUCCCUUGAGAGUCUGGAGCUUGGUCUGGGUGAGGCUAAGGUAAUGAUGGCAUUGGGUCACCAUCUCAACAUGGUGGAGGCCGAGAAGCAGAAGCUACGAGCUCAGGUUCGAAGGUUAGUCCAGGAGAAUACCUGGUUGAGAGAUGAGCUGGCUGCCACCCAACAGAAACUACAGACCAGUGAGCAGAAUCUAGCUGACCUAGAGGUCAAAUACAAGCACCUGGAGUAUAUGAACUCCAUCAAGAAGUAUGAUGAAGAUCGCACACCAGAUGAGGAGGCAUCAUCAUCAGAUCCCUUAGAUCUUGGUUUCCCAGAAGAUGAUGAUGGUGGUCAAGCAGACGAGAGCUAUCCCCAGCCCCAGACAGGUAGUGGUUCAGUAUCAGCAGCAGCAGGAGGUUAUGAGAUCCCUGCCCGUCUACGUACUCUACACAACCUGGUUAUACAGUACGCCUCACAGAGUCGCUAUGAGGUGGCUGUACCACUCUGUAAACAGGCUUUAGAAGAUCUGGAGAAGACAUCAGGUCAUGAUCAUCCAGAUGUAGCAACAAUGCUCAACAUUCUUGCCCUCGUAUACAGGGAUCAAAACAAAUACAAAGAGGCUGGUAACCUGCUACAUGAUGCUCUUGCUAUCAGGGAAAAGACGCUAGGACCAGAUCAUCCUGCAGUUGCAGCCACAUUGAAUAACCUAGCAGUGUUGUAUGGUAAGAGAGGCAAGUACAAGGAAGCAGAACCUUUAUGUAAGAGAGCCCUGGAGAUCAGGGAAAAGGUUCUUGGGAAAGAUCAUCCUGAUGUAGCUAAGCAACUAAAUAAUCUGGCUCUACUCUGCCAAAAUCAAGGAAAAUAUGAAGAGGUUGAGUGGUACUACCAGCGAGCACUAGAAAUCUAUGAGAAGAAGCUUGGUCCCGAUGAUCCUAACGUAGCUAAGACAAAGAACAACCUUGCUGCAGCCUACCUCAAGCAGGGCAAGUACAAGGCUGCAGAGACCCUCUACAAGCAGGUCCUAACCAGGGCCCACGAGAGGGAGUUUGGUCUAAGCGCUGAUGACAAGGACAACAAACCUAUCUGGAUGCAGGCUGAGGAGAGGGAAGAAAAGGGUAAAUUCAAGGAUAACGCACCGUAUGGUGAUUAUGGUGGAUGGCACAAAGCAGCUAAAGUGGAUAGUCGGUCACGCAGUAGUCCUACGGUAACAACUACCCUUAAGAACCUUGGGGCGCUCUACAGGAGACAAGGAAAGUAUGAUGCUGCAGAGAUACUGGAGGAGUGUGCCAUGAAGUCACGCAGAAAUGCCUUGGACAUGGUGCGUGAGACCAAAGUCCGUGAGCUUCUAGGCCAGGACCUGUCGACCGAUGUACCACGGUCCGAGGCCAUGGCUAAGGAGAGACAUCACAGACGUAGCAGUGGUACACCCAGGCAUGGCAGCACAGAGAGCGUGUCCUAUGAGAAGACAGACGGUAGUGAGGAAGUGAGUAUAGGCGUAGCUUGGAAAGCGAAGCGGAAAGCGAAGGAUCGCUCCCGAUCGAUCCCUGCAGGCUAUGUAGAGAUACCACGAAGUCCACCUCAUGUCCUAGUCGAGAAUGGUGAUGGCAAGUUAAGGAGAAGCGGUUCGCUGUCCAAACUCAGGGCAUCGGUGCGGCGUAGCAGUACUAAACUUCUCAACAAGCUCAAAGGAAGAGAGUCCGACGAUGAUGGAGGGUCUGACAUUUUUGAUGGUUUAAUGGAUAUGGUGAAAACUGGUUUCCGUAGAAGUAAUGGAAUAGAGGUGUGUAGAAGUCUCUCCGUCCCUGUAGAGGUAUAUCAUGAAAAGAGCUAGUUCUAUGUCAGUGCUACCCAGCAGGGGGAACGAUGAGUCAACCCCGGCCCCCAUUCAACUCAGUCAGCGUGGUCGCGUCGGAAGCCACGACAACCUUUCUUCACGUCGGCAAUCUGGAAACUUCUGAGACGAUCCCUUCAUCAGUACCUCCAUCCAUUGCACAAACUUUUAGCGAGUUGAGAUGAUCCCUGCCUGAUAAGAAGGCAGCAGAAUUAGUCCAGCAUAGCUCUUUUUUUUCAAUGGCACAGUUGAAUGAUUUGUGCUGCUUCAGUUUUGUCCCUAAAAAUCGGUUCGUAGAAACAGAAGUGCCAUAAUACCCUGGAUUUGGAUUUCCAGUCUGCAAGAGGAGCUGAUAAACAAUGCGAUGAACACUUGUUUCAUCUUGGCAUGCAGAACUUACCACAGAAUUUGUCAAAAUCAUAUAGAUUAGCUUUUAAAGAAGAUGGCAAAAUGAGGACAAUUACACAUUGCAUCUCAAUUGUCUUACUUUUAGAAAUCCACAAUAAGAUCAGUUAUUGACUUUAGUAAAACCAGAUGUAGAUAGCUCACAUAUCCAUGAUGUACUAAGAGAAUGGAGGCUUCAAAGGUUUUGUGUUUCUUUUGCAAAUGAGAAUUACAGUUUGGAAUAGCACUUGAAUUCAUAUGAACCAUUUGAUAAAAAUAUGUAAAUUAUAAUCUCAUUUGAUUUCAUUGCUGUUCAGUGAAUGCAGUGUCUGUCAUUUCAUCAGGUCAAUACUUGAGAGAUUUGUUUCUGCAUUUUUUGAUUGAUUUUGAUCACAGUUGUCACUUUCAAAGCACAUUUAUAAAUAAAAGAGUUUGAAUUAAAUAAGCAAUGCAUUUAUUGUUAACUGACUUUCUGUCUCACAUCAUUGCAAAAUGAAUAUAACUUUCUCACUUGCAAAAGAAAAACAAAAUAGUACUUGCUUUCUUGUGAAGAAGUAUGAGGGCGCAUGCCACCCCCUGGCAUGAAGUGCAAUGACUAGUGCACGUACUGACUGAAUGUUGUUAUGUCUCCUUGGCAACCCAUACCAAAGUGGCACAUAUGUAGAAAGUGACCAUUAUUUAAUUGAAUGUAGCUAUAUAUAGAACAUGUACAAAUUUGAAGAAAUAAGACAAGAAAAUUAGACAAAUUUGGAUUUAUCUGAUUUAUUGUAUAUUGUAAUUGAUAGAUACUUUACAAGAUGAGAGUUUAAUAACUGGAAUGAUUUCUUGUAGCUUGUCGAGAAGGCUUGCUUCAAAAGUAGACAUAGAUGUACAAGAUUAGGUGUGAUUUUAGUUAAGAUAGAGAAAGCCUCACAAGUUAAGCUAUAAGAUUUAUACUAUCUUUCUCAACCAGUGAUUUGAAGUGUACAGAAUGUAUCAAAUGAAAAUGACUGAUGAGAAAUCAGCUGAUUUAUGUGUUACUAGUUAAAGCAAUCUCUAAAAGAGUACCAGUGUGCUGUCUGUGGCUUUUGUGACAAUAACCUUUGUCUUGAAUUGUUUUAAGGGAUGGGCGUACACCUUUUGAGAAAAAAGGUUAUAACCUUUUGGGUAGCAUUUAAUUUUUUAAAGAAGUGUAAUUUUGAAAUGUAAACUGGUCUUUUUAAACUGAUAUUGCAUAGAUUUAUAUAGAGAGGGGCCAGAUAUAAUAUCAAAAUCAUACUUGGGAGUAUCAAAUAACAAUUUUUUUAUGGAUGUUCUCUUUGAGCUAUUACAAUGCACAAUUUAUCAGAAAUCUAAAUAAGUUACAAAACAAGUGAUAUGUAUUCAACUGUGAAUCUGUCAUACCAACAUAAUUUCUUGAAAAAAAUGCUCAUAAUGCUUUGAUAGAAAUCAAUUACAUAUAUGUUUAUAUGUGGUAAUGAUUUGUGUGUCACCACUGCUUAUGAUGUUACGUGCAUUCCUUUGUGCUGUGUUUUGUGUGGACAUAAUUUGUACUCUGGGUUUUGAACAUAAUCUACCACUUAAGCACAAAAAAAGUGUUAAAAAGGUGCAAAAUAUUGUGAAUUUAUCACACAAACUCCUUCCGAGAGAUUUUACACUUCACCUUCUGUAACAUUUGUCAUUUAAUGGCAUGGAAAACUCUUCUCGUUUAUGUUUGAUUUAGAACCAGAGCUCUGUCAUUAAUAAUCUAAUGAAGGAAACAUAAUUCAAAAGGAAAUGCAGAUGCAGUGUAAUUUGCACAAUGUAGUGAAAUACACAAUUUAUAUGAUGUAAGCAUGUACGUUACUUCUUAUGCUCAAAACCAUUAUCCUGUUUGAGGCCAACACAUUGUGUACCAAUUGUCUUGUGUGAAUUGAAUUUCUGUAGUAUAGCUGAAAUCAUUAGUGUAUUAGUAACUUUUGAAUUGAAUGUCAUUUACAUAAACAAAUUCACAUCAAGAUUUAUUCUCAUCAAGAUUUCUUCUGUCACUCAUAUCUUCGCUUGCACUUGUAGUAAAUAAGUAUAUCUAAUUCUGUUAAAAUGAAAGCUGGGUAAUUGGAUUUCUAAAUUUUGUCCAUAAAUAGUAUUGAUUGUGAGACAUGGAGACAUAGAGCUUUGCUGCACCGUAGAUCUUUGAUAUAAAUAUUUACAAGUUCUUUGAUUCAAUCCAGCCCCAUCUAUCCAGUAUUAUUGUUUCUUGAUUAAUUUUCAUUUUGGUUGUAAAUGCUGCCAACUAACAAAUUACUGAGAAAAUGUAAACCUUUUGAAUUGAGAAAAAUAUAUAUCUGAAAAUUGCGCUCACAAAGUUUUCUCAGAAACAAUAUUUAUGAGGAGCUUAAAGACCAUAUUGUAGUUGGUUGCAGGCUUCAUAGAUAUCAUGCUCUUUGUACUUAUAAUCAUUCAACUUUCUAUAGAAUAAUCUGUUUUAAAUAAUAUGAUUAUCACUAAAUGAUUAGAGAAAACCGAUCUGUUUUAAACUGCAGUUUACCAUUUUAUACAGCAUGUUCUGAUGAAUAUUAGUGUUAAUGCAUGUAGCUUUGAUACUGUGUGUGUGUAUUCUCUGUAGAAACUGAAUCGACUUUACUUCAAAUUUCAUACUGAACGACUUCAGUUAUCACAUACAAAAUUAUGUGACUGUGUUACCUCACAUAUGUGGAAAUAUUGGGCAUAAAGUAUGUUUUUAAAACUGUUUUUGCUGAUGGAAAGGCAUUAUUUUGGAUGUUUAGUAACAUUUUCUCAAUUGUCACUUUUGGUGAUGAGCCUCGGUUAAGGCCUGGUUACACUUUGGCUAUUACUUUUUUCAACAAACCCCAACAAUCUGACAUAUUGUUUAUUACAGCUUCCUCUCCUCGUCAAAGAAAUUUAAUAAAGAACGAAUGUGAGCUGGCAUUCCUCCAUUUGUCCGGUGGAUAUUCUUGGGUUUCUUACAAAUCAUAUCAUUUCAUGGAGGCAAUCCAACAAUUCUGAAAUGUUCUAAAUUGCUAUUAUACUGAAGUGAAGCAAAUGUAAUUUUAAGAAAAUGAAUAUACCAGGUGGUUGUGCUCCGUUAAAAAAAUAAUGACCAUCGUGUGACCUGGGUCGGAGAGGAUAUCUUACCAAUACUCUGUGACACGUGACAUCAUUUACAUCAUUGACUGCCCAUUUGUAUUUUGUAAGGCUUCAAGAUAUUGUGUUGCUCUAGUGUUAUACUCUUAUUUUUGUGCCUUGAAAAUCUUUAUCGUGUGCAGAGAACCUAUUUAUAAGGUAAUGUAAAGAAAGAACUAUCAAGAUAGAUGUGACACUUUGAAUAAAUAUGCUUUCGAUGUAGAGUGAAGUUCCAACUUGCCUGGAAUAAAAAGCUUACUUAUUUAGUCAUUAGUAAACAAAAUUUGUACAUACAUUAUAUAUGUAGCUAUGUCUGUGCCAUUUGUAAAGAUUAAUUCAUCUGUUAUCACUAAGACAAAAGCUCAUCAAUUAAUUAUAUCACAUACAUAUUAGGAAUAUUAUUUUUUUUAAAUAAGAAGUUAUAAUGAUAUUGGUUCACACUUCACUUUUGGGGGUUUAUGUAGAAUAACAAUGAAAUGUCAUUUGUGAAAUUCAUCAUUGUGAUGUAAUCACAGAUUAAUCUUAAAUGGAACAUUCUAUUUAUUGAGGAUUUCUGAUAAUUAAUUUGCUAUUCAUGCGGUAUGAGACAUGCACAUUUCUAUUUGCCGAGUUUGAAACAUUCAGAUAAAAUUGUAAACACUUUCAACUGCUAUUUUAUUAAAUUCAACUAUUUUAUGGGGUGAAUUUAAUAAAAAUUGUACUUUCAAGAGGAAAUUAUUAAAGUAGUGUUGAUAGUCAGUUGCUGUGAAAAACAAAUUAAACAGCAAAAUUUAACCAGUGUUGGCAGUAGAAGGGUGAAACUCUAUCUCCUUCAUCUGUUAAGCAUGAGAUGGUCUAUAAUCAAAGGACAAUGCCAUGACUAGAAUUCAAAAUAAUUUCAUGUAGUUUAGAGUUAGGCUUGUUAGCAGUAGAUCUGUGUCUUUGUGAACUCCUGGUAUUGUCAAUAACUCUGCUACAACUUUAGAAUUUAUCUUUUAACAUUUUCUAACUGGUUAACCAAAACACAGACAGCAUUCCUUUGUAAACCUAUAGAAUGUGACUGUGCAGUAACAGAGUGUAACUAAUAAUUAUGUACAGCAGGCAUAUCUUUGAACAUAUUGACAGAUAUUUCCUUUCAGAAGUUCUAAGAGUACUUGUAUAAAGUAAAUGAAGGAUCUCAUCAUAGUUGAUAUGUGUGUAAUAAACGUGUGAUGCUUGCAAGAUACAUUGAUGACACAAAAUGUAUGGAAAAAACUAAGUUCAAUGUGCAAAUAAAGAAAUGAAUGUAAAUGCUAA